CUUCCGGUCCGUAGUGGGUUCUGCGGUGGGAGGGGGGAAGGAAGGCGGAGGGAACCAUGCGAGGUUCUGAGCUCCCGGGUGAGCGUCGCCUCGAGAGACCGUUUCUGAGCAGGAACCCUGAAAUCCCCAACACUCCCUCCCUCUGGAGGAUUUGAUCCCCCAUGGCCGCCGCCAACAGCAUCAUCGUGCUGGAUGAUGAUGACGAAGACGAAGCAGCUGCCCAGCCAGGGCCUUCCUCCCACCCUCCCCCCAAACCGGCUUCACCCCAGGCACAAGCCCCCGGCCCCUCUGAGCCCCAUAGGGCUGGAGGAGGCUCUGGUUCCGGCGGCAAGAAAUGCUACAAGUUGGGGAAUGAGAAGCUGUUUGAAGAGUUCCUCGAACUGUGUAAGACGCAGACAUCGGACCACCCCGAGGUGGCCCCAUUCCUCUCCAAACAGCAACAGCGUGCCCACCCUCUGUUCCUGGCCUCCGCGGAGUUUUGCAACAUCCUCUCUCGGAUCCUGUCUCGGGCCCGCAGUCGGCCGUCUAAGCUCUACGUGUACAUCAAUGAGCUCUGUACUGUUCUCAAGGCCCACUCGGCCAAGAAGAAGCUGAACUUGGCCCCUGCUGCUACUGCGUCCCAUGAGCCAUCCGGGAGUAAACCUCCCACGGACCCCUCCUCAGACCCCGCCAAGGCUGAAACCACUGCCUCUGAGCCUCCAAGGACCCGAGGGUCCCAGCGGCAGAUCCAGCGCUUGGAGCAGCUCCUGGCGCUCUAUGUGGCGGAGAUCCGGAGGCUGCAGGAGAAGGAGUUGGAUCUCUCAGAAUUGGAUGACCCGGACUCCACAUACCUGCAGGAGGCCCGGUUGAAGCGGAAGCUGAUCCGCCUGUUUGGGCGUCUGUGUGAGCUCAAGGAAUGCUCUUCAUUGACGGGACGAGUCAUAGAGCAGCGCAUCCCCUACCAAGGCACCCGCUACCCAGAAGUUAACAGGCGUAUCGAGCGGCUCAUCAACAAGCCGGGGCCUGAUACCUUCCCUGACUACGGAGACGUGCUGCGGGCCAUAGAGAAGGCAGCUGAUCGCCACAGUCUCGGCCUUUCCCGACAGCAGCUCCAGCUCAUGGCUCAGGAUGCCUUUCGAGAUGUGGGCAUCAGGUUACAGGAGCGACGCCACCUUGAUCUCAUCUACAACUUCGGCUGCCACCUCACAGACGACUAUAGGCCAGGCAUUGACCCGGCACUGUCAGAUCCUGCAUUAGCCCGGCGCCUACAGGAAAACCGGAGCUUGGCCAUGAGCCGGCUGGAUGAAGUCAUCUCCAAAUACGCAGUGAUGCAAGACAAAAGUGAGGAGAGGGAGAGACAGAAGAGAAGGGCCCGGGUCUCCCAAGGCACCUCUUCCCACUCUGCAGGCUCCCCCAAAGCCUCCUUGGAUUCUGGUGAGGGCCCCAGUGGAAUGACAUCCCAGGAGUGCCUGACUACCUCCAAGGCUGAGACUGAUGAUGAGGAAGAUGAGGAAAGUGAGGAAGAGGAGGAAGAGGAGGAAGAGGAUGCCACUGAUUCUGAAGACAAGGAGGAUCUGGAAGAGCUGCAGGAAGGUCAGGGGGUCGAGGAACAGGAUGAGGAGGAGAGUGCAGGAAAAGAUGGAGGCAAGAGCCCCAAGUCCCCAGCACAGGCUUCCACUGAAAAGAACCGGGAAGCUGUCAAAAGAAUCAGCAGGGCGUCAGGGGAGCGAGGAAGCAAAAGACUCACAGCGUCCCCAGCCUCGGUGUCGGAAGAACCCCUGGCCCGCUCGAGCGUGGAUGCUGAGGGCAGCAGAGAACAGCUUGAAGAGCUGCCCCCGGAGGAAGACAGCCCUUUGUCGCAGCUCUUCGAGCUGGAGAUUGAAGCCUUGCCUGUGGAUAGCACCCCUUCCCCGGAGGAAAGCGACGUCUCCUCUUCGCGGAAGCAGUCGGAAGAGCCUCUUCCCAUGGUCCUGGAGAACGGGGCAGCCACGGUCACCUCCACAUCCUUCAACGGAGGUGUCUCUCCUCACACGUGGAGAGAUCUUAGUCCCCCCUGUAAGAAGUCUCGGAAGGAGGAGCAGCAGACGGGGUUGGGACAGCUAGGAAACAGUAUUUUGGACCGGCGGCAGAGGCCAGUGCCAGAGAAGAACGCCAAGAUCUGCCUGCCGCCCAGCCCACCAUCCUCCCUGGCUUCCAUGGCCCCAGUUGCUGAUUCCUCUACAAGGGUGGACUCUCCCAGCCACGGGCUGGUGACCAGCUCUCUCUGCAGCCCUGUUCCAGCUCGGUUGUCCCAUGCCCCCCAGUGUCCUCCCCGGCCCAGCACCUACAAGACGAGUGUGGCCACGCAGUGCGACCCCGAGGAGAUCAUCGUGCUGUCAGACUCUGAUUAGCGGCCACCUUUGCUUCCGGAAUACAUUUGGAGGGUGGCGGGAAGCCAACAGCUCCGGAAGGGAUGGACUGAGCUAAUCCCUUCUUGGUGGUGUUUCUUUUAAAAAUCCAGAAGCUUAAGUUUUACACAGAAACAUUAAAAACAAUAAAAUUCUUUUCUUCUUGUA